CAAACUAAUUCUCCUACAGCGUACAGCGUUUGAAAAAUUUUAUAGGAGUUUGGCCAAAACAAAAUAAAAACCAAAGCAGAAAUUGAUAGAUGCUACCAUACUCAACUGCUCAGUAACCUGCGUGCCGUUUCAGGGGUAGUUCCUUCAAGCCCCGAAUGCCUUACUGAAAAAUGCCUACUAAGCGUUGAAGUUUUUCUCCUCUGUGAACACCGUGUGGUCCAUUGGCCAGGCUGCUGUGCCGAGUGCUUUAAACACAUCAUCUCAUCACAUUCCUAUGGCAAAUUAGAAGGUCAGUUUUUCUUUUCGAUUGAAAAAAACAAAAAUUUAGGAAGAUUAAGUGACAUGGCCAAUAUCAUAGAGCUAAUGAGUAAUGAAACCAGAAAUAAUCCAGUCAGACUUCUGACUUUUACUCGAGAAGGGCAAAGUCAGACGAAGAGAACUCAGUCCCUCUUAAUAGCUAAAAACAGAUGGGGAGGGUAGACCGACCUCCCUGGGAGGACUUCCCUCUCCUUGGUUUGGUUUCCCACCUGGCUGUGGAUAUUGUCUAGUGGAAAUCUACCUGUGGGUUUGUCUAAUUAGACUGAAUGACAAGACUUACCAUCACUAAUCAUCUGUUCCUGGUACCCAUCUCAGCGCCCUGCGCAUAAUAGGUGCUUAACAAACAUAUCCUUUCUGCUCUGUCUCCUGCUGACAAUCUCCGAUUGUUGCAGUUAGGUCUGUGCAUUGGCAAUCUUUUUUUUUUUUCCCCCUGGAAGAGUAGAGCUAGGGAAGAGAAAAAAAAUUCUGUCCUUUCAUAUCCAAUUGCCUUUGAGGAGCUGGGAAGAGAGCAAUUCACACCUGAUUAUCUGACGUCAGAUAAAUUAGCAGCACCUGAAUUGCUGGGCAGUCAGACGCUAGAGCUCCCUCCGGCCCGACCAGCCAGCUUUGCCUCAGCUCGGGGGCCAUGCUUCCUGCCCUGCCAGGCCUGGCGCUCGGCCUCCUGUUAGCUCUGGCCUUGGGCCAGACCUUACAGUUCCAAGAACAUGUCUUUCUCCAGUUUUUAGGCUUAGACAAGGUGCCUUCACCCAAGAAGUUCCAGCCUGUGCCUUCUAUCUUGAAGCGAAUUUUCCAGGAUCAAGAGGCAGCAGCAACCACUGGUGUCUCUCAAGACUUAUGCUCCGUGCAGGAGCUGGGUGUCCGUGGGAACGUACUCCGGCUUCUCCCGGAUCGAGGUUUCUUUCUUUACUCCAAGAGCCCUUCCCAAGCCUCCUGCUGCCUAAAGAGGCUUCUUUCCUUUAACCUGCCUGCCAUUAGUGUGCUGGUGGUGACCCUCCACCCGGAGCAGUGCCGCCCUUCUUCCCGCACCAGGAGGGCGGCCAUCCCUGCCUCUCGGGCUUCCUGCAAGAGCCUCUGCCACCGGCACCAGCUCUUCAUCAACUUCCGGGACCUGGGUUGGCACAAGUGGAUCAUUGCCCCCAAGGGUUUCAUGGCAAAUUACUGCCAUGGAGAUUGUCCUUUCUCACUGACCACUGCCCUCAACAGCUCCAAUUACGCCUUCAUGCAAGCGCUGAUGCACGCGGUUGACCCGGAGGUUCCGCAGGCUGUGUGCAUUCCCACCAAGCUGUCCCCCAUUUCCAUGCUCUAUCAGGACAACGAUGACAAUGUCAUUCUCCGGCAUUAUGAAGACAUGGUGGUUGACGAGUGUGGGUGUGGGUAGUCUGUCAGAAACAGAACAGGAGGCAUGUUCUCCGGUAAAUGUUAGAAUAAAACUGUAUGUCUGGUUUAUGAGCUAUUGGA